GUCCAAUGUUAUUGUUUGGGCCGAGCAGACUUUGAGCUGAACCCAACAUGUAGCUUCAGCUACACAAGAUGAAAACGAAAGCUUGAAUGCAGAGAAGAAACGACCUCUUUCACAGAAACUGAAAGAUGUCUCAUAACGUUGACUCGGAGUUCCCACCAGGGGGUGAGGAGGAGAAAAGGGAGCCUGUCGACAUGGAGGAUGAGAAGGAAGGAGACGACUCUGAAACCAGAUGGAGUGAGGAACUCAGGCUGGUCCUCAUUGGAAAGACCGGAUCUGGCAAGAGUGCAUCUGGAAACACCAUCCUGGGCCGAAGGCAGUUCGUGUCACAGAUCAGUGCCAGCUCUGUCACCCAGAUUUGCCAGCUCGGGAGCACUGAGCUCGCUGAGGAAGAGGGCGUUGAGGGGGAUGGCCAGACUGUCACACAGACGAGGAUGAGGCGAGUCACGGUGGUUGACAUGCCAGGAUUUGGGGACACUCAUCUCAGUAGGGAGCAGAUUCAUGCAGAGAUAGCCAAAUGUGUGUCUCUCUCCGCCCCUGGGCCACAUGCUUUCCUCCUGGUGGUGCCAAUAGGGCGGUAUACAGACAAUGAAAACCAGGCUGCCUGCGAGUUGACCAAGAUAUUUGGGGAGGAUGCAGUCCGUCACCACACAGUGGUUCUUUUUACCAGAGGUGAUGACUUGGAGGACACAGCAAUUGAAGAGUACCUAAGGGAGACUGCACCUGCUGGGCUCAAGGCUUUGAUUGACAUGUGCGGGGGCAGGUACCAUGUACUCAACAACAAAGACCCCAGUAACUCAGCACAGGUUAAACAACUCUUAAUGAAGGUGGACAAGAUGGCAAAGCAGACUAACAAAGGGUUUUAUACCAAUACAAUGUUUGUAGAAGCAGAGGAUGCCAUCAGGGAGGAGCAGAAAAGGAUGUUGAGAGAGCGAGGGCAAGCAGAGGGGGAAGAGCAAGGGGGGAACUAUUGUAGAGGGGAAGAACAGGCUCAACUUGCAAAAAGAAGGAAGUGUGACUUGGAGUCCGACAGAGCAGAGAGCACCGAUAGAGGAUCACAAGGGGUCAGGAGGAGGGAAUUGGAGAGAGGAAAUGAAAAGGAUUUUAGGGUGGAGAGAUGGACAGAGGAGAGCAGAGGCAGCACAUUCAGCCUCCUGAGGGACAGAGUUGAACAAUGUAGGGACCACUUCAGAGGCAGGCGCAGAGGCAGGAGCAGGACUGCAAGCACACAACAAUCUCUCAGUUCAUCCUUGGAUUGCAUGAGGAGGCAGGCGGCGCUCUCUGAUAAGGUGCUGGAGAGGGUUAAGAUCCUGGUGGCUGCUGGUGCCACAGGCAUGGCCGUGGGGGCGGUGUUUGGGGCAGCUGCUCCUUUAGCAGCUGCAGCCGGGGCAUCUCUUGUGGGGAACUCGGUUGGUUUUGCUGCAGGUCAGUUUGCUGGGAUGUCUGUAGCGGGAGGCACAAGUGUUGGGAAGGCUGUGGGGGCCAUAGUGGCAGCAGCCUCUGGGAAAACGGCGGUGGCUCUGGGAGCAGCUACAGGUGGAGUGUUGGGUGGUUCUGUUGGAGCCAUUGCUGGUGCUGAGGCUGCCAGUCUUGGGGAGGGUGCUCUGGAUGCCCUGGGGCAGGUUAGCAUCCUAGGGGCCUCCGCUGUGGGGGUUGCAGCAGGUGUAGGAGGCACCAUGGGAGCUGGGGCUGCUUUAGGCGUGGCUCUGGAGGGAGCAGCUUUCAGCACAACAGCUCUCAGUGGGGCUGAAAGUGCGUCAAUAGGGGCAGCAGGUGUAGCUUUAGCAGCAGGGCAGCAUGCAGUGGCAGCUGUAGAAAGCGUAGCUGCAGGUCCUGGGACUCCUCAGUCUGCUGCAGCAGGAGUAGCCUUAGCCCAGGAGAUGGCUGCGAAUGUCUCAGCGGCUGGUGCAUCUCCUGGUGCUGUGUGUGGGUUCACUGGGCCCAGUAUGACCAGCACAGUGUCAGACCCAUGGGGAGCUGUGGCGGCAACAACACGGAUCCUGACUGCAGUGGCUGAGAUAGGCAAGGCUGCAGCAGGCAUUGCCCUGGCUGGUGGUAUGGUGGUGAAGGUGGUAAAGGAAAAAGUCCGAUGUGGCACAGGAACAACAGAAGCCAGUUACUCAGAGAAGAAGUCUUAUGAGAUCCACUGGAACAAAUAAAUACAGGUUAAGAUCAUGACCAAUGAGAUCAUAGUUUUCUCUAGCCUCUUGAUGUAGCACUGGACUCCACAAUAGGUUUCCCCUCAGUGAGAGAUAAUUAAUAUUAGUUUGGAAAUGCAAACCACCAAAGAUGCGCAGCUAGCAGCCAGAGCAUGUAAUAUUAAAGAAUAUCAUAUGAACAAGUCAUAACGAAUUGCAAUAGAUAAAUGAAAACAGAAAUUGAAACUGCAAAUGUUGGUUGGAACUGUUCGAGGCUUGUGAAUUAGUUCAGGGACAUUUACAACGGUGUGUGGGACAACUAAUAAAAGAGGUACAGCAGGUACACACUCUUGUGAUACCUUUGCUUUUCAAUCAGACUUUGAUCUAAAUCAAUUUUUAUGAGGUUGUGACUUAUCUUGCAGCUGGUUGGAACCAGACGUAGUAUCUUCAUACACAUCUUUAUAAAAUAAAGUCUUUAUAUAAAUACUUUUCCCCCCUUAGCCCUUUCUAAAAAAAGGAUGACAGCACUGAACAGAGACACAAAGAAAUGCUCUUAAGUGUUCGCUGGGUUGAUUAAUGUAGCGAAUGUUAUUCAUUACUGUAGUGAGUGUUAAAAAUGAACAAAAGCAUUCAAGUAUUAAAAAAGUACUUAAAAUUUCAAGUGUUUUAUUUUUACAUACAGAUGACAGAGGGUGGCUGCAUUGCAGUGUUUCACAUCUCUUUUCACUUCCUGUAACACUGUUUUGAGGUUAUGCACUGUAUUAACACUGGUUUUGGCCAACCAGUACCACCUGUUUUCAAUUGCUGUUACUGUAUGAACAGUACCAUUAAUGUGUUAAAUUUAUUGCAGUGAAAUAAACCAAAAAUAGACAGUA